AGGCAGUGCACUGUGAUGUACUUAACCAACCCACACGCUCAUCAUACAUCAGGAAGGGAGUCAGCUGAUGGGGUGGCAUCUGGUUGUUGUCGAGGUGUUAACAUGGCGGCGAGCAGCAGCGGCGUAGAAUGGAGCCAGUUAUUGAAGCCUAUUUUAGCCGCUUCCUAUGGCUCUGUAAACAAACAAGAUCUCCCAGAACUUGUCAAAGCUAUACUGAAAAGUAAAGAAGAAAUUCUUCACCAUGAAGAACAGUACGAGGCUUUCUAUGUGUCACUAUGUGUGUUGGCAGCAGACUACCUUGCCAGCAAUGCCCACCAAUUGACUGUCGGAGGUGUGAGUCAGGCUGUGAAUGCAGCUAAGGUAUUACUUCAGUAUCUAGUGAGCCAUGUCGGCUCUCCACCCACUAAUGUCACCACUCCAGCACCCCACUCAUCCCCAUCCUCCUCUCCAACCACUGCCACCACUACCUCCUCAUCUGGUGGUGGUGGUCAGGCUGUCCCUCCACCCACGUCUAGCUCACCUGCUACCACACCACCAGCCACUACCUCCUCUACACAAACCACCACAAAUGGAACGACUUCCACCACAACCACUUCUACCACCACUACCACCACAACAGGCUCAGCAUCCACUACUCCAGCUGAGGGAGAGAAGGAGCGCAUGGUGUGUGUCCAUGACAAGCACCUGCUGGCAGGGAUCAAGGCACUGUGCCGAGGAUCGGGAGCUCUGCAUCGUGCUGAUCAGGCGGCCCUCACAGCAGCCAUGAAGGCAUCCAAGCUUCCUCCUCACAUCAAGACUGUUGCUCCAGGUACUCCUCCUCCUACAGGAGAGAAAGAUUCAUCAUCAAAAGAGGUGCGCAGGGGCCGCAGCGAUCCAAGUGCUAUCAUAUUGGAACAGUUAAUUUCACCAAUACAUGAUCUUGGAGGUUCUCGGCCACGUCCUCCCCACACCUCAUCCACACCUGCUGCCACAGACAAGGACACAGAUGGCCCACUAGCUAGUGUGUCAGACUCUGCUCUGGAUAUGAGGGUAGGUGUCUAAAACCAGGCCAGUACA